CCUUCAACAUUGUACUGGGGCAGGCAUUAGCUUUAUUGCAGUCAUUAGUGGCCAUUUUGCUUCCGUGAAUUUCCAAAAAAAAAAACAAGAUGUAGUGAUGGAGAAAUGCUACCUUUCAGACAGAAACAAACAGUACAUGAUCUCAGAGAAUGCCCAAGGGUGAACUUGUAUGAUGUAAUUCACUGGAGAACAAGAUCCAAGAAAAAAGCUCCAUGGAUUUGUCCUGCCCUUCUCAGUAGAGGAAAUGCAAGACUUUGACUGUGAUAAAGAAGAGUUGUUCCAGAAUGUCUUGACACAAGUUGCUGAACAAUUUUCAAGGGCAUUUAAAAUAAAUGAACUAAAAACAGAAGUCGCUAACCGAUUGGCAAUGCUGGAGAAACGAGUAGAACUGGAAGGACUGAAGGUAGUUGAGAUUGAGAAAUGCAGAAGUGACAUUAAGAAGCUACGGGAUGAAAUGGCUGCUAGAAGUAGCAGUUUCUUAGAUGACAACAAGAAGCUGACACCCCGACGAGAUGUGCCUUCCUACCCAAAGUACAUGCUUUCUGAAGAGACAAUAGAGGCCUUAAGGAAACCAACAUUUGAUGUGUGGAUGUGGGAACCCAAUGAGAUGCUGAGCUGUUUGGAACACAUGUAUCAUGAUCUAGGCCUGGUCAAAGAAUUUAACAUCAAUCCAAUCGUACUGAAGAGAUGGCUGCUUUGCAUACAUGACAACUACAGAAACAACCCCUUCCACAACUUCCGUCAUUGCUUCUGUGUUGCACAAAUGAUGUACAGUAUGAUAUCCUUCUGCAGUCUACAGGAGCGGUUUAGUCAAAAUGAUGUUUUAGUCCUAAUGACUGCAGCAAUUUGCCAUGAUCUGGAUCACCCAGGCUACAACAAUACGUACCAAAUCAAUGCUCAUACUGAACUUGCCGUGCGCUAUAAUGAUAUCUCUCCUUUAGAAAACCACCACUGUGCUGUUGCUUUUCAAAUUUUAGAGCAGCCUGACUGCAACAUUUUUUCCAGUUUUGAUCCUGAUUCAUUCAAGCAGAUACGACAGGAAAUGAUUACACUGAUAUUAGCAACAGAUAUGGCUAGACACGGUGAAAUAGUCAAUUCCUUCAAACAAAAGUUAGACAACUUUGAUUUCACAAAUGAGGAGCACGCCACUAGUCUGAAGAUGAUUCUGAUAAAAUGUUGUGACAUCUCGAAUGAAGUCCGUCCACUGGAAGUCGCAGAACCCUGGGUAGACUGCUUAUUAGAAGAAUAUUUCAUGCAGAGUGACCGAGAAAAGGCGGAAGGUCUUCCAGUAGCACCAUUUAUGGACAGAGAUAAAGUCACAAAAUCCUCAGCACAGAUAGGAUUUAUAAAGUUUGUCAUGAUCCCAAUGUUUGAAGCAGUUGCAAAGAUCUUCCCACAAAUUGAGGAGAUGAUGAUACAGCCCUUAAAAGAAUCUCAUGAUCGCUAUGAAGACCUCAGACAAUUAGAAGAGUCCAUGCGAGAGGAACAAAAAAGAAAACGUGAAAGUUUGUGAUUCCUCCUAGCACAGAGAAGUGAAUUCAGAAAAGGAAACUGACAAGAAGAAAAGCAGUUUCACUCCUGAAUUAAUUUCUUGGAUCAUGUGCAGCUUGCUAUUACGGACAAAAAAAGUCGUGAAUGCAUCUGACAAUCCAUGCCUCCAUGAGAAGACCUCUGUAUGAAGCAGCUUUCCUCUUAGCAAGAGUAGCCAUGUUUUUCUCUGAAAAUGUUGAAAAGACAAUCUUUAAAUACGAACGUUCAUCUAUUAUUAUUAGCACUGUGUAUGCUGUAAUAAUAUUCUGCUUGGCAUGAUUUUUUAUGAAUGUAUAAAGCUAAUGAAAGUAUGUAUUUUUUAAAUCUUAUAUAACUCUAAAAAGAUCUGGAGAUUAAGAACAUUGUAUAUUAUAGAACUUGGCAAGGAUGGCCCCAAAAUAUCAAGUUUUAUAUUCACAAGUUAAACAGAAUGUUAAUUUGUAGAUGGGUCAUCUGUGUUAUAAAAAUAUACUACCUAGUAUGUGAUUAACUUACUAAUUUUAUCAGAUAACACUUGUCUGUCUUUCAUCUAUUCCCCCCCCCACUCACACUCACACACACACACACACACACACACACACACACACACACACACACACACACACACACACACGUGUUUGUGCACAAACGAAGAAAAUUAUCAGUUCUAUAUUCGUCUAACUAAAGCAGAAUGGUGUGACUACCAUGAUCAUGGUAACAUGACUGUAAUGUAGCUAAAGUAACAAGAAACCAAAGGUAGACUUUGCACAAUAGGCACUAUGUAACUUCAGAAAGGAACAUUUCUCUUUUUACACCAUUCUGUGUUCACACAAAUUGUUAAACGAGAAGGGAAUAUUCAGAUAUGCUUAGCACUUGUGCAAGUACUGUUAGACCAUUUUUUUUUAUUAUUUUCACAUAGGAUCACGGAAUGUGAGCCAGAUCUGCCUCUGAAACAUGUUUUUCCACUGAAGUUUGAAAGUGAGGCGCAGUUCUGACUAUAUUCCAUGAAUACAGGUGAAUAAAAAAAAAACACUGGGUUGCAGUACUAUUUCUGAAUACACCUGGUGUCUUAAAUACCUGUGUGCUCACAACACAGGGCAAAAUAUAUCUUGUUCACAACAUUCUAUUACUAAAUUUCUCAUGUAGCAAAUGUAUUAACAGAAUGUUGUUGUAUCUUUCAGCUUUUCGACUUUAAAAGUUAAAACACUGAGAAUACCAAAUUAGAGUUUCCACGAGUUCUGUAAACUUAAAACAGCAACAUUCUCUUGAAUAUUUUAAUAUUUCAGUCAUGACAUCCUGCUUACUUGAAAGUGGCUACCAUUUCUGUGAUAUGAUUUCCAACAAAACAAUCAAAUUUGAAGAAUGUGUAUUUUAGUGCUAAUAAUGGUUGUUAAGUUCAUGGAAGGAUUUAUGGUUUCCAAACUUUUAUUCACUAACAGAUGUAACCUUUGCUGUUUUGGUAACAUCUUUUGAAAUGUUACAGGUGCUUUAAAAUGUGUUUUAUAAAAUGUUUUUUUCACAUUUUAAAAGUUAAACUUUGUAUAAUUUGACAAAUUUGUCAUUAUUUAAGUGAAAUUAUGUGUACUGAUAACAGAAAAAAUUCCCAAGUGCAGUCUAAAGAGAGCUCUCCUGAAUCAAGAGCUUUGCUGCAGUAAACAGGGUCACAGAAACUCAGGAUUUUAUUAGAAGGUACUAACUGAGAUCCUGGUUUUAAAUGUUUGUACAUUUUAAAGAUUAUUUCUUUACAAGAUACUGCUCCAUAAAUUUACUUGUUAAAAAACAUGCACACACUUUCAAAUGUUUACAAGUAAUAACUGUUUUCUGUACCUUCUUAGCAAAACAUGUCUAUUGUCUCAGGAUUUAACUAUAUGUGUAUUUUUUUUGUAAUUAUCAUCUUGCUAAUGUAAUAUAAUUGACUGUUACGACACUGUUUUUAUAAGUUAGAUACUCUAUGUGACAGUAAAUGUCCUUAUUCCUUUUUAAACCUUAACAUUAAAACAUAUGUACGUUUAUUCCAACACUUGAAUGUAUGCCUUUUGGUAAGUGAUUGAAAUAAAGAUAAAACAGUUUCUGUAGCUUCCAUUCAGUCAUGAGGAUAAAUGUACUGGGACCUACUAUCAUGCUGAAUUCUGCUAUGUUAUGUUGUCUAAAUAUUUCAAAGGCAGAUUGCACAGAAAGUGCUGAAAUGUAAUACAAGCGAAACACAAUGUAUUAAACACUAAUGAAGAAUCUGAACAAAA